AUGCAUGUCAUUAGUACUUUGAUUUUGCCGUUGUUGGCCCUAACUGGCCGCUCGGCCAGUAAGGCUGUCUUUGCUCACUACAUGGUUGGCAGCAUGGUGUCGGAUGAGGCUACCAAGGAUAUUAAAGACGCAAUCGCCGCUGGCUUCGACGGCUUUGCUCUCAACACUCACAGCAUCAGCAGCACAGAUGACUGGAAUAUCAAUGCAAUUAACUACCUGCUUGAUGCCGCCCAGGGAACCUCUUUCAAGAUGUUCAUCUCCUUUGACAUGUCGUGGGGCCUAGAUGUGGCGCAUCUUGGAGAGUUUUUGGUGCAGUUUAGCAACCACUCGCAGUACUACACCACCGCGGACGGCAAGCCGUGGGUGAGUACUUAUUCGGGUGGCAGCACCAGUGAUUCAGACUGGAACAGUUUGUUCCGUCAGCCACUUGAGGAUCAAGGAGUUACUCCCUUUUUCAUCCCUGAUUUUGAUGACUGGUCCGGGUAUCCCACCGGAUUCUUCGACGAGUUUACCUCUGUCGAUGGUGCGUUGAGUUGGGAAGUUGCCUGGCCAGGUGCCGGCUCAACUGUUUCCAAUGUCAGUGACACUACGGACGCUUCGUUGAUUAAAGAUGCACAUGCUGCAGGAAAGGUUUAUAUGAUGGCUCUUUCAUCCUUCCAAUUCAAAUACCUCGGCUCCGGCUCCAACUGGUACCGUGCGGGCGACACCAAUCUGCCCGAGCGCAUGGAGCAAAUCCUGGAUCUGCAGCCCGACUUCGUUGAAGUUCUGACCUGGAACGACGCUGGCGAGUCACACUAUGUUGGCGAUUUCUGGCCAGAACAAAUUGCAGGCACAGAUGAGGCUGCCUACACAGAUGGCUACGAUCAUACCGGCUGGCAGCAAGUGAUUAAGCCCUUUAUCACCGCAUUUAAAGGCAACGCCACCGAUAUCUCUCAAAUCAAGCCCGAAGGCGAUAGCCCCGUUGGCACGCUGUGGUACAGACCGCUUCUGACCAGUGCAAGCUGCUCGAACAGCAUCACAAACUAUCAACAGGGUCAGGACUCUGUUAACUUUGCGGUCGUCUUGCCCUCGGAUGGAUACACUAUCGAAGUGUACAGCAACAGCCAGUUGCUUGGAAGUUUCCCUGGUACCGCUGGGUUGAACUACAAGUCCGUGCCUGGGCUACAGGCAGGUGGUGGACAGUCCAUCUCUGUGCUGAAAGACAGCAGUGUUGUGGCUUCGGCAAAUGGUACCAAAGACGUGCUCACCCAAAGCAAAAACUCAACCUGCAACUGGAACUAUGAGGUUGUGGGACUUUCUUCUUAG